ACCGCAGCCCUGCCCUGGAGGAAUUGCCCUGAGCUCUCCCCAGCCCUGCAGCUGACAGCAAGGCUGCCAUCCAGCUCCUAUAGCAAGAAAUCUGCAUCCCAGAAGUCCUGCAGAGAUGGGCAAAAUCAUCAUUUAUGAGCAUGCCAACUUCCAGGGUUUGUCCAGAGAAUUCACCACUGACACUCCCAACCUAACAGCUCUGGAUUGGAAUGAUAUUGUCUCCUCAGUGAAAGUAAUUGGCCAGCCUUGGGUGGCUUAUGAGCAUACAGACUACAGAGGUCGAUUUCUGGUGUUUGAGGAGGGAGAAUAUAGCUUUGUGGGUAAUGAAAUGAAUGACAAGAUCAGCUCUCUGCAGGUGAUCACUGAAAAUCUGCACAAUCCCCAGAUCACUCUCUAUGAACACAUUGAUUAUCAAGGGAAGAGCAGAAUAAUAAGAGAAGCAACCAACCUGGCUGCGGGACAUGACAAUGACAUCGUGUCUUCCCACAAAGUCCAGAGAGGUGUCUGGCUGCUGUGUGAGCACAGUGAUGGAAGUGGAUUUCAAUACCUUGCCCGAGAGCACGAGCACCUUCCAAACUACAAGGCAAUCGAUUUCAACGACAAGCUUUCCUUCCUGCGCCCCCUGCGCCCUGGCUGUGGCUGUUAGAAUGCAAGUCCGGCAGCGCUGAGAAAAGAUGCAGCCCCGGCAAGAAAUUUGACACCCGGAUCUCCGCCUCUGCUUGUGCUGCCUUUUCCCCCAGUGUCACAGACCACCGAAUGUCAGCGCUCCCUGCUGAGCUGCACUGCAGAGCUGCACUUCUCUAUCCUGCCUUGCACGCUUCUCCCACCCCACGAAUGCAAGAAUCAUCAGGCUUGAUCCUAUG